AUGCGGGACGAGGAGAAACAUGACCGAAAAUCCAUGGUCGGAGUACCACCCUCAGCAAGGAAGCCAAGAUCUUCUGGAGCAGCACAGGCGAGUGCAACUCCAACGCGAACCUCAACACGCGCCGUGAAACGAGUCAAACGCGACGAACCGCUCGAUGAGGAAGAUGGAAGUGACGUCGAAAAACCCGAAAGCGAUUCUCCCGACGAUGAUUCGGAUGUCGAAGAGCCGCAGUCUAGUAGAAAGACGUCGCGCAAGCGAAAGCGUGUGCCUCUUACUGAUUAUCAUCUGAAGAAAAAGAAGAUUUUGGCGAGGAAAGCGCAGCGAGAAGCUGAGAAGGCUCGGAAAGCGGAAGAAGCCGAAGAGAAGACCCCAGAGCCGGAAAUUCCUCCACCGCCAGUUCGAAAGCCGCCGGCAUUGUCGAGCUAUACGCCACUUCAACUUCUUUUGGAUCACAUGCUUCGAAGAAUUGUUGCCAAAGACCCCGAAGAGUAUUUUGCGUAUCCAGUAACUGCCGAGGUGGCGCCUGAUUAUUAUACGAUCAUCAAAGAUCCAAUGGACUUCCAAACAAUGCGGGAGAAAAUUGAGGAUAACAAGUAUAAUUCUGUACCAGAGUUACGUGCCGAUUUUGAACUCAUCGUUUCCAAUGCAUGUCUUUAUAAUCAAUCGAACACGGUUUUCCAUCUCGCCGCUCUUCGAUUAUCAUCUCUCAUCAACUACUACUUUAGCGAACAAUACCUGCGCUACGUAUUUCAUUCAUUGCCAUUUACUAAUCAAAUUCCGUUGGAUAAAGUUGGACUAACCCCAUUGCAUCCGGUAACGAAUCGGCCAGAAAACCGGCGACGCGCUGCCCUUGUCGACGAUAUGACUGCUGACGAUUGCAUGGAGAACGCCGGCGAAUCGAUUCGCGAUCGAUUGACGAAUCGCAAGACGAAGGCGAAACUCGCGUUUCUUGAUGAGAAGGAUGGCACGAUGGUGCUGAAAGUGCUCGGCGAUCCGAAUGCGACGAAUCUUGAGAAGCGCGUAACGAUUGGCGAUAUUGUCGGACCACUCGAGGAAGGAAAUCCGGGGCUGAUACAGCUUGGCGAGCAUCGCCUUCACUCGCAGACGCCGGUCACUUAUCUCAACUAUGGGCCGUUCUCGUCGUUUGCUCCACAAUAUGAUUCGACAUGGGCGACGAUGACUAAAGAAGACACGGAUCUUUUGUUGAGAACUUAUGGAGAUCGCUCAAAUGCUGCCAAUGUGCUGUCGAUCCGUAGAUUUGUUGAAAACGCCGGAGAUGAUAUGAUUAAUGUUGUCGAUAAUCUUCUCGAUACUUUAACUGAUGGCGAACAUCGUAGAGCUUUGAAGACGUUCAGUGAAGGCAUCAAGUCGGAGGAAUUGCAGAAAAUUCAAGAAUAUGUACAAAAAGAGAAAGCUGGGGACCCAUCGAUGGAUCAACUUCUCGACGAUGUUGCGACUCUUGCAAAUCUCGGAAUCGACGUUGGAUUCAUCAACGAGUUCCGACAUGAGCCGACAUCGCCGUACAAAGAAGCUCCGAUGCAACAUCUCAACAUUCAACAGCAACUCAACCAUACAGGACAGGCGAUUCAGGACUUGGCGCACUUGCAACACCAACGACUCCAACAACAACCACCGGCGUCUCUUAUCACCGUUGCGGAGCCGGGACCAAUCGAGCAGAAGCUCGCCGAGCAAGUUCAGCAACAAUUGGUUCAUCAAGUCGUUCAGCACAAUGUGGCGCCGACCACUUUUGUUUCGUCGAGCGUUCUUCAAGAUGCCAUGGGCAUCGAUAUGGAUGAUGGCGACUUGUUCAGCGAGUUCUUCGUCACGCAAUAA